AUGUCAUCUUUAGAAUUUCCUGAUCUUCUCUAUCCGGAAUAUUUAACUUACAACGAUCAACCACAUGAAAUCUUACUUGAUCAAUGGCCUGUAACUACUAUGGAUUUAACACUCGAUAAAAAAUUUGUCAUGCAAAAAAUUAUUCCAUCAAAUUCUUCAUCUACUCUUCGAGCCAAAGCACCACCUUUUACUUAUUCAAUUGCGACAGAAGAUUUAUCUCAUAUGAAUAAAUAUACAUUAUCAACAAAAUAUAAAAAUAAUUCCAUUCGUCUUAUUGCUAAACAUAAUCAUCUUAUUUAUGUUACGAAAAAAAAUCAAUUAAAUAUUCAAUCAGUACCAAAUAAUAUCUAUGAUGAACUUUGGUCAAAUACAACUGAAUAUUUAUCUAAUACACAACAACAAAAACAUAUUAUACAAUCAUCAACUUCUUUUAAAUUAUUAGAUUGUGCUAUAGAAGAUGAGCAGAUAUUAAAUAUCGCUCUGGCUAAUCAAAAUGGAUUAACAUUCUAUUCAUAUGAUUUAAUAACAACGAAUUCAACAUUAACUUCACAUAUUGAAACAUCUGAUCAUACACCAAUUCUUUCGCUUACAUUCAAUCCAUAUAUUUCUUCGAAUGCUAUCGUUAUUGAUAAAAAUUAUCAAACCUAUCUAUUCGAUGAUAACGAAUUAACUCAUCUUCAUCAAUUGUCAGAUGAAAAAAUACUUUCAUCAGAUAUUCCUCGGCGAAUAUAUCUCGAUUGGGAUGCUUCACCAUUUUUAUAUACAAUUGCUGAUAAUCAUAAUGGUUCUUGUCUUCUCUAUGAUAUACGUUUACGUAGUGAAUCAUUUAAAGAACUUUUUAUUAUCGGUACUAAUCAUCCAUGUUUGGGUAAAACAGAAAUUAUUCGUGGUUAUAAAACAAGUUUAGUUAAUCCUUAUCAACAUGUUUUUAUUACUGAUUAUUCAUUGAUUAUCAUCGAUUCACGUAUGCCAAACAGAACUGCUAUUCAUUCUCAUCAUGAAUUAUUACGACCACCAACAUCAUUUACACAAAUAAAAUGGAAUGAUCAACAUUUAGUUUUAAUAAAUGAUGAAUUCAAUACAAACGUACUUGAAUACAGUAAUGAUAUACAUCGUCGUUUAGUACAAACGAAUCCUGCAUGGGAACUUUGUCCAAUAUCGAAUACUCGACAAUAUUUGACAAAUAAUAAUACUUACAAGAAUAAAGAAUUAUUACUUACUAAAUCAAUUUAUUUUGAUGUACCUAUACGAGAUAUGGCGACAAUAUCGAAUCAAAUAAAUCCAAAAUCUUUUCUUCUCUUUCAACUGAACAGUGCGGGAAAUAUACAUGUACAACUUUUCGAUGAAUCUAUAAAUAAAGAUGAUGAAAAAACUUGGAAUCCAAAUCCAGAUAAUUUAUUAAAACAACCACCAGAUUGUUUUCAACAAGCAAAUGAUUAUUGGUCAACAAAAUUUCUACCACUUUUUCAAUGUGAUAAGUGCUUAACAUAUAAUGUUGAACCAACUAAUUUUGCAAUUGUAACACCAUUAAGUACAAUGAUACAAACAUCAUUACGUGAUUUUCCAACAUUUAGAAAUGAACAUAAAUCAAAUGAAAAAAUUAUUCCAGCUGAAUUAACCGAAUGUCCAACAUGUACAUGUAUGCCUGAUCUAACCACGCAAGGACAAUUAUCUCGUGCAAAAAAUUGGAUCCAAGAUUGGAAAUCACAAUUAGAUGAUAUUCAACCCGAAUCAAUCGAUACUACACAAUCGAUAACACAUAACUGGCGAGAAAUAUUUGAUUAUGAUGAAUUAAAUGAAACAAAUAAAGAUUCAACAUUAUGGAAUGAAAUACAUCGACCUUGGUGGCCAACAGAAAAUAGUAUAAAUGAUCCACCUAAACCUUUGCCAGAAUGA